ACUCUCCUUGCUUGUCGGCUGAAAAAACUGCCGUAUUGUUGACGUCGCUAUUGCAAUUCUGUAUAAUUAGUUGUACUUCCGUAGCAAUGUAGGUGAUCCUUCGCUUGCCCGAAUAGUCGUCGUCAGCUCCUUCUUCACUUCACCAUCCCACCAAAGCCCUAAUGUUUCAUCCGAAUGGUGCAGCAGAUCUUGAAUUACGUUCGAUAUGACGAAUCUCGACGAAAUGGAGUACAAUGGUUUGCUGGAUCUCGAAGGCGCGGAGUUAUGCGGAGAUCUCGAGGAGCGGAAUCCUCCUAUUUCGCUUCCCAACCAGUCUUCAGAUGGUGCCCUUCUCGCGGUCGACAUAGGAGGAACUUUGAUCAAAUUGGUUUAUUUUGAGGGCAAUGAGGAUGCUAUGAGCCACGGGAGGGCAACUGGCGGUCAGCUCAGGUUCGUGAAGUUCCAAACAAGUCGUCUGGAUGAGUGCCUGGAAUUUAUUCGCUUAAAUAGGCUGCUCUAUGGUAGAGGAUUAGACACAGGAUCUACAAGCUUGAAUGUAAAAUUCAAGGCGACAGGUGGUGGGGCCUUUAAAUUUGCUGAUGUCUUCAAAGAGAAGUUUGGUGUUUCGCUGGAUAAAUUGGAUGAAAUGGAUACUGUUGUAACUGGAGCUAACUUCUUAUUGAAGAAAAUCCCAAAUGAAUCCUUUACAUGUAUGCACGGGAAACGGACUCCUGUAGUUGUUAGCCAGCAGAAUUUGUUCCCGUACCUUCUUGUCAAUAUUGGCUCUGGAGUUAGUAUGAUAAAGGUGAUGGGAAACAGGAAGUUUGAACGGGUUACUGGCACACAUAUUGGUGGUGGAACUAUGUUUGGGCUGGCAAAACUUUUAACAGGUUGCACAAGGUAUGAUGACUUUUUACAAUUGAGCCAGCAAGGAGACAAUCUUGUGCUAGACUUGAUUGUUAAAGAUAUUUGUGGAGAACUUGUGUGUCUAAAGCAAGGUCUAUCAGCUUCAACGCUUGCUUCCAGCUUUGGAAAGGUUCUAAGCUCAAGAAGAAAGCUUUCUGACUACAAAGCUGAGGAUCUUGCCACAACAUUAUUGAGCGCAUUUACUUACAAUAUUGCCCAG